CUGCUCCCCCAAAAAUCUCCAACGGUAUUUCGCAACCCAGUGGGCUCCUUCUUCACCUUAUCCCCUCCUCUUCUCUCUAGCACGACCUCCAUGAAACCUCCACCACCAUCACUAUAAAGCAGCAAAGCAAAGCAUCGCCAUUUCCGCUCUCAAGAAGACGCGCAGCGAAGCUAGCAACAAGCCGAAGAUGCCGCCGCUGGCCACCCUCUCCCUCUCCUCCGUCGCCUCCCACUUCCCCUCUUCUUCUUCUUCUUCUUCUUCUUCCGCGUCCGGCAGAGCCAGAGCGUCCGCAGCUUCGCUCGCUUUCGGUUUCGGAGCGAAACCCGCGAUACCCAUUAGGCCCUUCGGGCGACCCGGCAUCGUCUCCCGCGAUCCCCCGGCCCGUCGCGCCGUGUCCAUCGAGAAGGAGACCCCCGAGACGGAGCGGCCCGACACUUUCCUCCGGGAGGCGGACGGCGGCGGGGGCGGGAACGGCAGCGCGGCCGCCUCGUCGCCGCCGGGGUCCUCGGUGCGGGCGAGGUUCGAGAGGAUGAUAAGGGAGGCCCAGGACCGGGUGUGCGAGGCGAUCGAGGCGGCGGACGGGGGCGGGAAGUUCGUGGAGGACGUGUGGUCGAGGCCCGGCGGCGGGGGCGGGAUCAGCAGGGUGCUGCAGGACGGCGCCGUCUGGGAGAAGGCGGGGGUGAACGUCUCGGUGGUGUACGGGGUGAUGCCGCCCGAGGCUUACAGGGCUGCAAAAGGCGCUGCUUCCGAACAGAAGCCCGGUCCCGUUCCCUUUUUCGCCGCCGGCAUCAGCUCGGUCUUACAUCCGAAGAAUCCUUUUGCUCCAACGCUGCACUUCAACUAUAGAUAUUUUGAGACUGAUGCUCCUAAAGAUGCACCUGGAGCUCCGAGGCAAUGGUGGUUUGGUGGUGGAACUGAUUUUACUCCUGCUUACAUCUUUGAGGAGGAUGUCAAGCACUUUCACUCGGUUCAAAAGAAUGCUUGUGACAAAUUCGAUCCUUCCUUCUAUCCUCGAUUCAAGAAAUGGUGUGACGAUUACUUUUACAUCAAGCACCGAGGUGAAAGGAGAGGACUUGGAGGAAUCUUUUUUGAUGAUCUCAAUGACUACGAUCAGGAGAUGCUUCUUGCUUUUGCAACUGAAUGUGCCAAUAGUGUGAUCCCCGCUUAUAUACCGAUCAUUGAAAAGAGGAAAGAUACGCCGUUCACAGAGAAACACAAGGCAUGGCAACAGCUGCGUAGAGGACGCUAUGUAGAAUUCAACUUGGUUUAUGAUCGGGGCACAACAUUUGGACUGAAGACGGGAGGGCGAAUUGAGAGUAUCCUCGUUUCUCUUCCUUUAACUGCUCGGUGGGAAUAUGACCAUAAACCAGAGGAAGGAAGUGAGGAGUGGAAGCUACUAGAUGCUUGCAUUAAUCCGAAAGAAUGGCUCCAGUAAUUCUUGGGAAAGCUUGAUGUGCGUUAUUUUGCAGUGUGUAGUAAUCACCGUUUCUUCUUCCCCGUCAGGUUUGUUUUGCUUGAUGACCGAGUUGGUAGGCGCGCCCCAGAAAUUGUUUAAUGGCUAGAGGUAGGAGAUAUCGGCGGAUCUCUUGUAAAUCAUGUUGUUGUGUACUCUUGUGUAUCGGCGGCGAACGAUAAUUGCUCAAUAAAAGCACUUGAGAUAUUUCAACA